AUGUGCGAGAAUUGUAAAUGCGGUAAAAAUUGUCAAUGUGGUUUGAAUUGCACCUGUGCUAAAAACACUGAUCCUACCACAACUAAACAACAAACCACGAGCACGCAAAAAGUAACCGCUUCUUGUGGUGUUAG